UCAAUCCUAGGUGUGGGAGUUGAUCUUCCUGUAUGAAGAAGUAGCGGCAGAGUUUACAGCGACAUCAGAGUUUCAAGCUGCAGCAGCGAGUGAGACUGGAACUGCUUCACGAGAUAGUUCCAGGAACACGUCCAUAACUGCGGUGGUCAGUGGCAACAGUGGAGGUGUUCAUUAUGGUGACUCUGGAGGCAGCAGUAAUACAUCAGCACUGGGAGAGACCGUGAUGGAAGGUGGACCACAACAAGACAACUUGAAACAAAUAUUCUCCACCACCUCGGCGUUGCCAUCACUUCUGCGUCUUAAAAUGACUGAGGAUGUAGUGUCGCGCUGCCAGCAGCCUCCAGUCACUGGGAUGUGUCGAGCAAUGUAUCACAUGUGGUAUUACGACUCUGCCAACACGACCUGUAGGAGAUUCAUCUACGGUGGCUGUGGUGGCAACGACAACAACUUCCCGUCGGAGGACCACUGUCGUGCAGCCUGUCCAGGUGAUGAAGCUUGGAUGGUAUACAUCUGGGUGGCUAUUGGCGUUUUCCUGUUGCUAGUGGUGGUGGUGGUGGUCUGGAUGCUGGUCCACUACUGCAGUAAACAGAGCAAUAGUUUCUAUACCACUUACACUGCCUCCUCACCUAUGAAGAAGAGUGAGAGUCCAUCCUGCUUGCUCUCUCCAGAGUUAUAUACUCCUGGGAAGUUCACAGAGUUCUCUUCCCUCCAUGUCUGAUUGUUAACAUGUUAUGACUGAUAAUUCUUCCAGAUACCCUUGAAAGAUUGGGUAUUGACUUGUUUGUGCUUUAAUAAAGAUGCUUGUCUAUUUUAGGCUUUUAGAAAUAGUCUUAAUAUGCAUUCUUCUUUAAAUUGAAUAUGGAUAAUGGAUGGUCGAUAUGUACUGUUGUAUAAAUUGCCAGUAUUUUAGGUAAAUUGUUACUAAUCAAUUAUUGCUUAAAUCUCUUCUUUACCUUGGUGUAUACCAGACAUUACAAGCCAUACACGAAGUAAAAUAACCACCGAGUUUGUCAUGAGAAUUUUUCGCUUGCCUUUAACAGCUGCUCAGAUGGUUGGUAUUUUUUCUUUCACAUUUAACCAAUAGCAAUAUGACUUAAAUAAAGGUUUUAACAUUUUUUUA